UACUAGGUGAGGUACUCUGGGGCGGGCUGAGACUGACCGGAUCUACUCAUGAGUAAGCAGAACCAUUUUCUGGUGAUAAACGGCAAAAACUGCUGUGUGUUCCGGGACGAAAACAUUGCCAAAAUCUUGCCGCCUGUCUUGGGGCUCGAGUUUGUGUUCGGACUCCUGGGCAAUGGCUUUGCCCUGUGGAUUUUCUGUUUCCACCUCAAGUCCUGGAAAUCCAGCAGGAUUUUCUUGUUCAACUUGGCCGUGGCUGACUUUCUCCUGAUCAUCUGCCUGCCCUUCCUGACGGACAACUAUGUCCAACAGUGGGACUGGAGGUUUGGAAGCAUCCCCUGCCGCCUGAUGCUCUUCAUGCUAGCCAUGAACCGGCAAGGCAGCAUCAUCUUCCUCACCGUGGUGGCCGUGGACCGGUACUUCCGAGUGGUCCAUCCCCACCACUCCCUGAACAAGAUCUCCAACCGGACGGCGGCCAUCAUCUCUUGCUUCUUGUGGGGUGUCACCAUCGGCCUGACAGUCCACCUCCUCUACACGAACAUGAUGACCCGAAACGGCAACGCGAACCUGUGUAGCAGUUUUAGCAUCUGUUACACCUUCCGGUGGCAUGACGCAAUGUUCCUCCUGGAAUUCUUCUUGCCCCUGGGCAUCAUCCUGUUCUGCUCGGCCAGAAUCAUCUGGUGCCUCCGGCAGAGACAAAUGGACAGGCACGCCAAGAUCAAGAGGGCCAUCAACUUCAUCAUGGUGGUGGCCAUCGUGUUCAUCAUCUGCUUCCUGCCCAGUGUGGCCGUGCGGAUACGCAUCUUCUGGCUCCUCUACAGAAACAACGUGCGGAGCUGUGACAUCUACUCCUCCGUGGACCUGGCGUUCUUCACCACGCUCAGCUUUACCUACAUGAACAGCAUGCUGGACCCGGUGGUCUACUAUUUCUCCAGCCCAUCCUUUCCCAGCUUCUUCUCCACGUGCAUCGACCGCUGCCUUCGAAGGAGAACAUUGGGCGAAGCCGAUAAUAACCGCAGCACGAGCGUGGAGCUCACGGGGGACCUCAGCACGACCCGAAGUAUUCCAGGGGCGCUAAUGAGUGAGCCGUGCAGUCCACCUUAUCUGGCUGCCACGCCUCAUUAAGUCACUAGGCCAAGAAGGGGGGAUUGCCACUCAGGCCUAAGCUCUCUGGAGAGACAGGCUUGGCUGUUGCACAGAGUAACAUCAGCAGACUUGGCUUACACGGUCUUGGAACGUCUAGAUUCAGAGAAUCGGAUUUAGAGAGACGGCGUGGUGCAGUGAGGGGCCGUGGAAAUCUCAGAGGAACAGAAAGCAAAGUUUCUAGACGGUGGAGACUUCUUAAGCCU